AUGGAAAGAAGGGUUGCAAUAAUCGGUGCAGGAACCAGUGGCCUUGUGGCCUGCAAAUACCUUCUGGAGUUUGGAUUCAAACCAAUUGUCUUUGAAGCUGAUGAUGGCGUUGGAGGACUAUGGAGACAUACUAUGGAGUCCACAAAGCUCCAAAACAAUAAAAAAAUGUACCACUUUAUAGAUUUUCCAUGGCCUUCUUCAGUGACAGAAGAUAAUCCAAGUCACAAGCAAGUGAUAGAUUAUCUUGACUCCUAUGCUCAACAUUUUGGCCUCAUUCCUUACAUUAGAUUCAACUCCAAGGUCAUUGACAUAGAUUAUGUUGGAAAGUCUAGUGAAGAAAUGGAGUCAUGGGAAUUGUGGGGUGGUAAUGGCAGACCCUUCUGCUCCAAGGGAACUUGGCAUGUUUCUGUGCAAGAUACCAAGAAUUUUUCCAUAGAGGUGCAUAAGGCAGAGUUUGUGAUUCUUUGCAUUGGGAAGCAUAGUGGUUUUCCUAACAUUCCUGAAUUCCCACCUGGACAAGGACCAGAAGUUUUCAAUGGCAGAGUUAUGCACUCCAUGGACUAUUCCAAUUUGGACAGUGAGAGUGCUGUUGAAUUGAUCAAAAGAAAAAGAGUUACAGUCGUUGGCUCACAGAAAUCUGGUCUGGAUAUAGCAGCUGAAUGUGCAAAUGCAAAUGGAAUCACCUAUCCUUGCACAAUCAUCCAAAGGACAGCACACUGGUUUGUUCCAGAUUUUAACAUUUGGGGUGUUAUUGCUGGAUACCUAUGCUUAAGUCGCUUUGCAGAGCUUUUAGUUCACAAGCCAGGAGAAUCCUUCCUACUUUGUCUUUUGGCCACUUUACUUUCACCAUUGAGAUGGGGAAUUUCAAAACUUAUUGAAACUGCUCUAAAGUGGAAGCUGCCACUGAAAAAGUAUGGAUUGGUACCUAAUCAUAGCUUUUUUCAAGACCUCUCCUCAUGUCUGAUUGGGGUGUUUCCUGAUAACUUUUUUGACAAACUAGAAGAAGGAUCCAUCCUUAUAAAGAAAUCACAAAGUUUUAGGUUCUGCAAAGAAGGAAUAAUCAUUGAUGGAGAAGCUAAGCCCCUGGAAACAGAUGUAGUAAUUUUUGCAACUGGAUUCAAAGGUGACCAGAAAAUCAAAAGCUUGUUUAAAUCUCCAAUCUUCCAAAAUUACAUCAUUGGGCCAACAACCUCAACAGUUCCCCUCUUCAGGCAAAUAAUUCACCCUCGGAUCCCACAGUUGGCAAUAAUAGGGUACGCAGAGGGACUAACAAAUAUAUUUGCCUCGGAAAUGAAAAGCUUGUGGUUGGGGCAUUUCUUGGAUGGAAGCUUUGAAGUGCCUAGUAUAAGAGAGAUGGAAAAGGAUGUGAAAUUGUGGGAAGAGAAUUUGAAGCAAUAUGGUGGAAGAUAUUAUUGGAAAUCAUGCAUUGCUAAUUGUGCAAUCUGGUAUCACGAUCAGUUGUGUAAAGACAUGAACAUUAACCCCAGAAGGAAGAAGGGCUUUUUUUCGGAGUGGUUUGUGCCAUAUGGCAUCCUUGAUUACGUGGCUCUUACUCCUAAAUGACAAUUUCAAACCAAUUUGUUUCCAUGUUGCUUUUCUUUCUAAUUUCAAUCGUUUGUAUGAGCCUUUUAAUGCUCAUAUAUAUACUUGCAUGUUAAUUUCUUUAUUAGAACUUAAUAAGAUUUAGAGCUUGUUUC